CGCAGGUCCGAACCUUAAGAACCCAGCAGCUAGCACCUUGUAAACUUGGUUCCAUGGCCCCCGGUGUCCCUCCUGUCGAUGUGCAGACGACGUUAGGAAGGAAGCCAGGGGGCUACUUGGGCUCGAGGAGGGCCUAUGUGACGUUCCUGGCCGGCGACGGCGACUAUGUGAAGGGGGUUGUGGGGCUGGCCAAGGGACUGAGGAAGGUGAGAAGCGUGUACCCACUCCUCGUGGUGGUGCUGCCCGACGUUCCUGAGGCUCACCGCCGGCUGCUUCAGGAUCAGGGCUGCGUCGUCCGGGAGAUCGAGCCCGUGUACCCACCCGAGAACCAGACCCAGUUCGCCAUGGCCUACUAUGUCAUCAACUACUCCAAGCUGCGCAUCUGGAACUUUGAGGAGUACAGCAAGAUGAUCUAUCUUGACGCGGAUAUCCAAGUGUUUGAUAACAUAGACCACCUCUUUGACAUGCCUGAUGGCUACUUCUAUGCUGUAAUGGACUGCUUCUGUGAGAAGACAUGGAGCCACUCUCGCCAGUACUCCAUUGGCUAUUGCCAGCAGUGCCCGGACAAGGUGGCAUGGCCUGCUGAGAUGGGAUCUCCUCCUCCACUCUACUUCAAUGCUGGCAUGUUCGUGUUUGAGCCCAACCCUCUAACCUAUGAAAGCCUUCUGGAUACCCUUAAGAUCACACCACCAACCCCCUUUGCGGAGCAGGAUUUCUUGAACAUGUUCUUUGAGAAGACCUACAGGCCAAUCCCUCUUGUUUACAAUCUGGUCCUAGCCAUGCUAUGGCGCCACCCAGAAAACGUUGAGCUCGACAAGGUUAAGGUGGUCCACUACUGCGCUGCAGGUUCGAAGCCAUGGAGGUACACUGGGAAAGAAGCUAACAUGGAUAGGGAGGAUAUCAAAAUGCUAGUGGCAAAAUGGUGGGAUAUCUACAGCGACGAGUCGCUCGAUUUCAAGGCAGAGGACCUGGUCACAGAGGGAGGGGCCUUCUCGUGGCCUUCACCAAUCAUGGCAGGCAUGCCAGAGCCCACAAUUAACUAUAUCCCUGCACCCACUGCAGCCUAAGACCCACUGCAGCCUAAGUGACGCUGGGAAAGAUGAAGAGUGAGUGAAUGGAGGGAUUUUGAAAGCAUGUAGUGAAUGUAAUGAAUAACUAAUCAGCUGUCCAAUUCUAGCUCUCCGCCUCUGAUCGUCUACCUGUUUUCUGGGACAAUUCCACUUGGGUAAAUAGAAAAAAAAAUCAUCUGUAAUCUUGAGAAAAAUCCUGAGAUAAUAUAGAUUUUGAGUUGUGCUUCAUGAA